UCUCCACACUCUUUUUUUUAUUAUUAUUUAUUUUAUUCCCACUGCCUUUCUCUCGUCUGCACCCAGGCAUUGUUUCAUAAAACCGAAGAAAAGAAAACAUAGCUCAGAUCAUAAUACUAGAUGAGCACAAGUUCCCCUAAAACACAUCGGUCCCAAGCCGCCUUGUUGAAUCAAAUAUACGAAACAAUGAACAAAUCACCCCUGAUGAAAAAAGUUCUCAAUCUCUUCAAAAAGACUCAUGAGACUAACGAUGAGUCGCCACCUUAUCCCGCUGACUUGGAACGAACUUACCGAAUCUCAAAGAGAGUGUUAGGCGUUGGUUCAUUCGCCGUUGUCAAGGAAUGCUUCCACAAACAAACAGGUCAACCAUUCGCUCUCAAGAUCAUUCUCAAGAAAGCUAUCGCUGGCAAAGAACAUAUGCUAAGCAGCGAGUUAGAUAUUCUAAAGCAAGUACGACACCCCAAUGUAGUAUCCAUGCAUGGGCUCUAUGAAAGCAAAGAGGCUGUUUACAUUGUCACUGAUCUUGCUGGUGGUGGUGAACUAUUCACUCAAUUGCUUGCGAAGGGUAACUAUACCGAGAAGGAUGCCUCGGCCAUGGUUAAACAAAUAUUAGAAGGUGUUGAGUACCUUCAUAGUUUGGAUAUUGUUCAUAGAGACUUAAAACCAGAAAAUUUAUUAUUUCAAACACCUGACGAACACGCAAACUUAAUGAUCACCGAUUUUGGCCUGUCCAAGAUUCUCAAAAAUCAUGAUGAUAUCUUGACAACUGCCUGCGGAACACCAGGUUAUGUGGCACCAGAAGUCCUGCUGCAGACUGGCCAUGGCAAGCCUGUUGAUCUGUGGAGUCUAGGUGUUAUUACCUUCACUUUGCUGAGUGGAUAUACUCCAUUUUGGGGAGAAGACCAAGCCGCGCUCUUUGAAUCCAUUAUGUCUGGAAAAUACGAAUACGACGAAGAAUAUUGGUCUGAUAUUUCAGAUGCCGCCAAAGACUUGAUAGACAAAAUGCUGACCUUCAACCCCUCCAAGCGGAUAACAGCAUCCGAGGCUCUCAAGCAUCCAUGGAUUACAAAUGAACAGAACGCGGUAGCAAGAGACGAACCUAAUCUGAUCGGCAACGUACGCAAGGGUUUCAACUCUAAGCACUCGUUGCAGACCAUCGUCACGGCUAUCUCGGUUCUCAAUCACUGGAAAAAUUUGGAGGAUGACUCUGAUGUUGAGGAGAAGGAACCUCGGUCUAAACGUGACUCUCAUCUGCAUGUCGCCAACCCUUGAUUUUACUGAUUAAUUGGACCAUGUUUCUCCUAUCGGCUUGCGAUAUUUAUACAAAUGGCCCUUGACUUUCCGUUGCCAACGCUUUUGCCUUUCCUAAUACCAAUUUGUUCUAAUUCUUUGUGACAUAACAUAGACUCGGUGUACUACAUUUUUUCAUUUAAUAUACCAAUUUCACCUGACCUGCUCACAAUUCACACGGACUUUUAGCGGUAAACGAGCGG